AUGGGAAAUGGUUGGUGGCAGAGCUAUAUUUUAUCUUGUGCUUCAUCUACCAAAUAUAACAGGAUGAUGCUUGAUCCAUUGACCAAAGCACGUCUACAAUACUGGACCAGUACUUCGGAAACAUUCCAUUCGACCCUAGCUACAGCACCUAGACAGUCUACAUCAUCAACACAACAGCCAUUGACAACUAGCGCAUCACCUGAGAAUUCUGAUGGCACUGCCACUGCUACUGAACCACGUUUCCCAUGCCCCAAGUGCCCCCGUAGCUAUCGAAAUCGAAAUCACCUUUACCGCCAUGUGCGAUACGAAUGUGACCGCAUUAAACAGUAUCGCUGUGGCAUUUGUUUUAAAGACUUUUAUAGAAGAGAUAACUUAAAAACACAUAUCAACUAUAAACAUCUGAAUAAGUUAAAUCUUACUGCAGCUCCUCCAUCCCCUGUUACUGGUGCUCCCACUAAAGAAGUUUAA